UCUUUUCCAAAACAAAAAUAUUUUCUGGUGCCUCGAGCAAUGUUAGGAAGCGAAUAAUGCAUUAUCCGUGCUUCCACAACGUAAACGCAGCAACAAUACACACUCUCCACUUUCACUUUCCCUCCAACUUAACUUCUUCUCUUAUUUUUUCCCCAAACACUAACAAUAACAAACUCUCAUCAAAAGCCCGUUUUGAAUGCUCCAUCAACACCAAACAAGUCAUUAACACUCCCAUUCCCAAAAACAACAAGGCUAUCAUCCUAUGGGACCUCGACAACAAACCUCCACGUGGACCUCCAUACGACGCCGCACUCUCUCUCAAAAUCCUAGCCGAACGCUUCGCCGACGUCGUUUCAAUCUCCGCUUACACAAAACGACACUCCUUCUUCAAUCUCCCCAAAUGGAAUCCUAACCAAAACCCUAACCCUAAAACCAUAGUCUGCCGUGUAUGUGGUCAAGAAUGCAAAUCAAUCUUCGAUCUCAACAUUCACUUCGACCGAAUUCACCUGCGUCAGCGUCAGAAAAUGCUGACCCGAUUGAGAUCGAUUAAAUUGAACCGUUCAAAGGUUCGGUUUAUCCGUAGGAACCAUAAGUAUAACGAAGCUGCGAGGACUACUGCUGCGCCUAGGGUUGGGUUUGGUUUGGCUUCGGAGUUGCGGCGUGCUGGUGUUUUUGUGAAGGUUGUGGAGGAUGGUGAUAAGGUAAAUGCUGCCGAUUCGUCGUUGAAGAGGGAGAUGGUGAAUGGAGGGAUUGAUUGGUUGUUUUUGGUUUCGGAUGAUUUUGAAUUUUCGGAGAUGUUGGGGAAGGCGAGGGAGCCGAAUUUGGGGACUGUUGUUGUUGGAGAUUAUUGGGAUAGGGAUUUGGGGAAGAAUGCUGAUUUGUGGCUUCCUUGGAUUGUUGUUGAGAAUGGAAAGGUUAAUGAAAUGGAUUUGAUGGGAAGAAUCACAAAACAGGGUUUGGAUGAUGAAUUGGAAGAAGAUGAUAAUGUUGACGAUGAUGAGUAUAUAAUAGAAAACGAACAACUAGAAGAUGGGUUUUAUGUUCAUUGAUUUGUUUGUGUGUGUGUUUACUAUUUAGUUCUGUGGUGACAAAAAAUGAUUUUAGUUAAAAGUGUUUUGACGAUGAAUUGGAAGAAGAUGGGAAUGUGGAUGAUGAGUUUAUAACUAAAGAAGAUCGAUUUUAUGUUUAUUGAUUUAAUUCCAUAUUAAUUGAAGCCAUACUGGUUUGAGGUUUAAGAAUGGAUUACCGAAAUUGAGGUUGAGUUAUGUUUAAUUGAGGAUAGUGUUAUACAGUUAUGUUGUGUGUAGCAGCAUAUUGGAAUUUUGAGGGUUGAAUUGCUUUAAUUGAGGAAUGAAGUAUGCUGCCUGCGGUUUUAUCUUCACCAUCCUGUACUGUUGCUUGUGAUGAUGCGUGUACUAUCUUCUUAGUAGUUUGUGUGGGAAGCAAAUUGAUAUUGUUCUUUUGAUAUGAAGGAUAUCAAAAGUAAUAAUAUUAUUAUUAGGUUUAUAAAGCUGGUGAAGUUAUUUGUCUGAACUCUGGAGGAAAAUAUGAAUCUGUGACGAUGGGGACAAGAGAGGAAAACACCCUGAGGUAGGGCUCGGGCUCGGGGGAUGGGGAGAAAGGAGGAGGGAGUACUCCUCGCCCUACCUAUCUCCAAUUGAAAUCUGGAAGUACCAAUUUGUUGCUAAGAACUGAGAAAUGCAGCUUUUGCUGUUAUUUUUGUUAAUUAUAGGUGAAUCUCAGUUGCUUGUAGUUGCUCAAGAAUUGAGCUGGGAGCUUGUAGGUAGGAUUAGUGAGGUGAAUUAGAUUGAGUUUUCUAUUUUAAUGUGCAAUUUUGCAUGUUGUUUUAGCUCUGGUAUUGUAAUCUCCGCUCGAAAUUUUUAUGUAUCUGACAGGAUAAUAACAUGUAGUUACGAGGAAAGCUUUGGUAAACUGUGUUGGUUUCUCAAACUUGACCCUUCGAAGCACAUCUUAUGCUUCCUGUGUGUCGUUAAUAAAAUGUUCUGUAUUUAAAAAAAAAAAUGACAAAAGUAGAUAAGAUUAAGUCAA